UGCACGCGCGGCUGGCACUACGCGCUGCCCGCCGCCGGCCUGCUGCGCAGCCCGGUCACCCAGUGGAACUUGGUGUGUGAGGACGGCUGGAAGGUGCCCCUGGAGCAGAUGAGCCACCUCCUGGGCUGGCUGCUGGGCUGUGUCCUCCUGGGUGCGGGCUGUGACUGGUUUGGACGUCGGGCUGUGUUCGUGGCCUCCCUGGCGCUGGCCACGGGCCUGGGGGCCGGCGAGGCCCUGGCGGCCAGCUUUCCCGCCCUGCUGGUUUUAAGGCUGCUGCACGGGGGGGCCUUGGCAGGAUUUUCCCUUGCCCUCUACGUGGCUCGCCUGGAGCUGUGUGACCCCCCUCACCGCCUGGCGUUCUCCGUGGGAGCCGGCCUCUUCUCAGUGCUGGGCACCCUGCUGCUGCCUGGCCUGGCGCUGCUGGCGCAGGACUGGCGCCUUCUGCAGGGGCUCAGUGCCCUGGCCACGGGACUUCUGCUGCUCUUUUGGGGGUCUCCGGCCCUGUUCCCCGAGUCUCCCUCCUGGCUGCUGGCCACGGGACAGCCAGCCCGAGCCCGGAAGAUCGUGCGGCACUUUGCAGAAGCUGGGGGUGUGGACCCGGAGGACAGCUCGGAGGAGGAGACCUCCCUGGUAACAGAGCUGGACGUGCUGGGUGCACGGAGCCCCCAGCCCCAGUACCACUGCGUCCUGGAGCUCCGGCACACCCGCGUUGCCUGGAGGAAUGGAGUCCUCCUGGGCUUCAGUUCGCUGAUCAGCGGGGGCGUCGGAGCCGGCUUCCUCCGCAGCCUGGCCCCGAGCGAGCCUGCCUUCUACUGGCCCUACUUCCUGGCCGUGGGCCUGGAGGCAGCGGCCACGGUGCUCCUGCUGCUGACGGGGGACCGCUGGGGGCGACGCCCAGUCCUGUUGCUGGGCACCCUGGUGAUGGGCCUGGCAUCGCUGCUGCUCCUGGCCGGGACCCAGUACCUGCCGGGCUGGGCCAUGCUGUCCCUGGCCGUCCUGGGCCUCCUGGCCUCUCACGCUGUGUCUGCCCUGAGCACCCUCUUUGCGGCGGAGGUGCUGCCCACCGUGAUCAGGGGCGCCGGGCUGGGCCUGGUGCUGGGCGCCGGCUUCCUGGGCCAGGCGGCCGCCCCCCUGGCCGACGUGCACGCGCGCCGCGGCUUCUUCCUGCACCGCGUGCUCUUCGCGGCCUUCGCGGUGCUCAGCCUGCUGUGCGUCCUGCUGCUGCCCGAGAGCCGCGGCUGCCACCUGCCCGCCUCGCUGCGGGACGCCGACCGCCUGGGCGGGUCCCCGGCCCUCCGCGCGGGUCCCCGGCCGGGGCCGAGGGCCCCGGGCGGCUCACUGCCCGCCCCCCCCCCACCCCCCCCCUGGGGCGGGGCAGCUGCUACCACAGCCCCAACUGUGUGA